AUGUUUCCUGCAGUUUGUGUCGGCGUGRUGCUCAGUCUGCAGAGCACAGCUGCUCACAGCCUGAAGGAGAAGCUGUCCGACUGUCUGAACGACACAGACUACUCUGAGCUGCUGCAGACCCUGAGGACUGGUCUUCCUCACAUCAACAAGUCUCAUCAUGUGGCUGUGGUCGGAGCCGGCGCCGCUGGGCUCACUGCGGCCAAGUUACUGCAGGACGCAGGACACAAGGUCUCCAUCAUCGAGGCCAGCGGUCGUGUUGGAGGCCGGGUGGAGACCUACAGGAAUGAAGAGGAGGGCUGGUACGCUGAACUGGGAGCCAUGAGGAUCCCCAGUUAUCAUCACAUCGUUCGCUGGUUCAUCGAUCACUUUGGCAUCAAAAUGAAUCCGUUCAUCAUGUACGACAUGAACACUUACUAUCUGAUUCACGGGCUGCGGGAAAGAACGUUCGCCGUGACCUCAAACCCUGACGUCCUGAAGUACAAACUGCCCAGGAGCGAGAGGGGGAAGUCAGCCACYGACCUGCUGAACCGAGCUCUGAAGAAGGUCAAAGAUGAGGUUAUUGUUCACGGCUGCAAAGCCAUGUUGGAGAAAUAUGAUCAUCUGUCUGUGAAGGACUACCUGAGAGGUGAGGGCGGUCUGAGCGCCGAGGCGGUGAGGAUGAUCGGGGACCUGCUGAACGAGCAGAGCCUCAUGCACCUGGCUCUGACCGAGAUGAUCUACGUGGAGAGUGACGUCAGCGACAGCACCUCGUACGAUGAAAUAACAGGAGGGACGGAUCUUCUCACCACAGCAUUUCUUUCUGAGCUCGAUGUCUCCAUCUUCCUGAACUCUCCAGUAAGAAGGAUCCAGCGCUCACAUCACGGUGUCACUGUUUGGUACGAGACAGACKAGAGCUCCUCUUUAAAAAGCCUCGAUGCUGACGUCGUCCUGAUAACCACCACAGCCAAAGCAGCGCUCUUCAUAGACGUCGAUCCGCCUCUCUCUCAUAGAAAGAUGAAGGCCAUGCAGGCGGUCCACUAUGAGAGCUCAACUAAAAUCCUCCUGACCUUCAGUGAGAAGUUCUGGAUCAGUGACGGCAUCCAGGGAGGGAAGAGRAUCACCGACGGGCCUUCUCGUUACAUCUACUACCCGAGCCACAGUUUUCCAGGAAACGACACCAUUGGCGUCCUCCUGGCCUCCUACACCUGGGCCGAUGACUCCCURCUCUUCCAAGGAGCGAGUGACGAAGACCUGAAAGAACUGGUCCUCCGAGAUCUGGUGCAGAUCCACGGAGAGCGCGUCAGGUCUCUGUGUACCGGUGUGCUGGUGAAGAGGUGGACCGUGGACCCUUACAGCCUGGGGGCCUUCGCCUUGUUCACCCCGUACCAACACCUGGAGUACGCCCAGGAGCUCUUCAGACCUGAGGGGAGGGUGCACUUCGCUGGAGAGCACACAGCCUUCCCUCAUGGCUGGAUCGAGACGUCCAUGAAGUCUGCCAUCAGAGCAGCUGUGAACAUCAACAAAGCUGCGCUCAAAGACUCAACCAGAGAUCAACUCCGAGACGAACUCUGA